UGUAUGUAUCCAUAUUCUCCAAUCAUAUCGUUUCUAGUCCUUUGUAUGGCGACUUGGUUGGUUCGUAUUUUUGUAUAAUCGUUAUCUAUCCUCGUGUCCAGUUACCAGACUUCGGGUCAUUUAUCUUCUUAUCUUAGUUGGUUGGUGGAUGUAAACAUUACUUUUUUGAAUGUAAACACUUAACUUUUUAAGUUUUUUUAAUAAUUAUUGUAUUCUCAUGUAGUAUAAUAAUAAAUAUGUAACUAUUUUAAGCUUUUUAAAGAUUAACGUUUAUUUUAUUUUAAGUAUUAAUUUUUGUUAAUUUGUAUUGGUUUUAAAAAUUUAAUUUUACAUUCAUUUCAUUUUGUGAACAUGGAUAAGUCUAAUUUCUCAUUACCAUUGAUUAUUUUGAAUAAUAAACAAAUAUUAUUAAAUUGCACAGUUGUUCCAGAAAACAAUGAUAAUAAUAUUAUAAAUACUAUAAAUAUUGAUCCAAAUGUGAAGUUACAAUCUAACUAUGCACCAGAAAAGAAUACACCAUUCUUAAAAAAAAAUCAAAAAAAAAAAGGAAAAAUUCGUUUUAAAUGUUUACAUUGUGAAUACUUAACAUUUCGAAAACAAAAUUUAAUUGUGCAUCUUAGAGAAAAACAUGAAACUAAAAAACAACAAGAAACCAAAGUUAAUAAUGGCACAUCAAAUACAACCAGAACAACUGAAGUUUUUUUGUGUACAUUGUGUAAAAUGACUUUUAAUACACUGGAUAUGUGUAAAGAACACAUGGCACAGCAUUUAACAAAUAUUCCUAAAAAUAAUCAAAAUAAACAACAAGAACAAAGUUGUAAAAGUAUUCAAUUAAGUAAAAAUAAUUUUGAAGAUAUGGAAUAUGUUUCAAAAUGUGUGCAUUGUAAACGUAAAUUUCGAUCAGAAAAUUCUAAAGUUCUUCAUUCGUUAUGUCACCAAAAUGAUUGUAAAGACUAUAAAUGUAGUGAAAAAAAUUGUGAUUUUACUACACCAAGGUGGAAUGCUUGUCGUAUACAUUUAUGGAAGGUUCAUAAAAUUGACAUUGAUAUGUUUAACUGUCAAGUCUGUAAAAAAUAUACAACUACAACAUAUCAUAACUUAGUUAAUCAUGUAUCAAUGAAACACAAUAAAACAUUAUCUUGUGUAGACUGUGGUGCAGAAUUUGAUGAUUCAAUUAAGCUACAAAAUCACAGAGUAUUUCAUUCAAAAGCCAAAUCUGUAAACAAGGAAAGAUGGUAUAUGGAAAAGACAUGUGUAAUUUGUAAUAUGGUGUUGGCUAAUUCAAAAAGUUUAAAACUUCACACAAAAAAUGUUCAUCUAAAGUUAAAACCUUACGUCUGUCAAGUAUGCAAUCAUGGCUCAGCAACUAAAUACAUGAUGCAAGUGCAUAUGAGACAACAUACUGGUGAAAAACCAUUUAAAUGUGAUGCUCAGGAUUGUAAUUUUAAAACUGGGGAUCAUAACUCACUUAGACGUCAUAAACUACGCCACUCUGAAGAAAGACCGUACAAAUGUACCCAUUGUGAUUACAAGUGUAUCCAAGUGACUGCUCUUAAAAGCCACAUAACAAAUAAUCAUCGAGAUAAAAUGGAUAAUUCAUAUUAUUCUUGUAAUCGAUGCACAUUUGGAACAGUGAGCUUGAAAAGAUAUAAUGACCAUAUAUCUGGUCAUGAAACACAAGUUCAAAAUGGUCUCGAACCUAGUCCUAUAAAAUGUCAAGAAUCAAAAGCUGAAAUGACUGACGAUGAUGAUACUGCUCAAGGAUAUGUUGAUGACACAGGUGGUAUAACUAUUUCUGAAAGUGUUGGUUGUACUGUAUUAAAUUUAGAUGAUAAUGCAAUUAUGCUUGCAUAACAAGUUUUAAAAUAAAAUUAGUCAUAAAUGCUAAA